AUGGUGGUACAAGUGAGAGCUAAGAAAAGUGAAAAGAAAUACCACUUUCUCGAAGAACAUUAUAUUAGAUAGUUGAAGUAUCUGAUUGAAGAAUUUCCUUUGAUGUUUAUACAUCCCAAAGUCGGAUAGAGUUAUCAUCACUACCAGAAGCUAAUGUAUUUCUAUCAGGGGAGAAAUUGA